UGCCCUGUGAUCUGCCACAUAGCCCCUCCAGACCCUCCCCCAGUAGGGCUGUAUAGCCGGGGCUGCAGUGAGGAAGUUACCUGUGCGGGUGACAUAAUACAUGUGUGUUCUCUAUGACUUGUCCCGGUGCCAGAAGUUUAUUGGUGCUGAGCCCCUUCCCCCUGCGCACCGCCCGGGCUCCACACCUCCGGGAUGGGAAACAUCUGGGCGCUGUGGCCGGGGCCGCCGCUCAUUGGCUGCACACGAGGGGCCGGGGCCGGAGCUUUAAACCUGUGACGUCACGGGCCGCGGCUGCUCCAAGCUUCAGGGACCUGGAGGGGAUUCCAAACUGCAGCCGGAGCGGGGGACAACCGGGCGGAGGAUUGUGUCCGGGCGGGUGUACUGACAUGGUGUGGACCCCGCAUGCAUCCAGUUUCCGGGUAUGACAUCACAAAUGAGAGAAUGACGUCUGAGGUGGAGGAAGAGAUCAGGCUCCUUGGCGGAGGGGUGUCUGAACCACUGGUCAUUCAGGAACUUCUGGAGCGAUUGCGGGACCUUGAGGCAGAAAACACCGCUCUUGCUCAAGCCAAUGAAACCCAACGGGAAACUUAUGAGCGCUGCCUCGAUGAGGUUGCCAACCAUGUUGUUCAGGCACUUUUAAAUCAAAAGGAUCUUCGGGAAGAAUGUAUUAAACUGAAGAAAAGGGUGUUUGACCUCGAGCGUCAGAACAGAGCGUUGAGUGACCUCUUUCACCAGAAGUUGCAACGCUCCUCGGGAUCAUCCCCUGAGUUGCACCCAUUGCAGGCCCUGUCUGACUCCCAUGGAAGUGACCUCGAUAGGAUUUCAGUCUCUAUUCCAAUAGGACAAUGUGGAAUGCAGAGAGAGGAAAAACAGCGUUCUGGUCGGGCCCAGUCAUCCUGUCGCUCAAUAGAUGCCAUGUCUCCAUUCCUCAGAAAGAAAGCUCAGAUCUUAGAAGUCCUACGGAGGCUAGAGGCCACAGGAUCUCAGAGUGGAUCAUCCUGCACUGCACCUCCAAUGUUCCUUGGAGGAAUAUCCUCAGCUAGUGGGAAUGGGUUGCGUGUGAGACCAGACCAAGGCUUGGAUUAUGUGAAUGGUGAAGGCUUAAUUCCUUCAGAACAUGGUGGUGAUGAGCCUUGGGCCUCCUGUCUGCUACUUGCUCAAAGUGGUUGGGAGGAGCUGCUGAAAUGGAAGCCAAUACAAAGAGAGCCACCCGCAGGUAGUCCUGGAGAGGGAGGAGGGGAACACCUUGGUUUGGUAUCAGGAGAAGAUGCACAGCAAUCAUCUCGCCAAGCUGAGGGAAGCUCAUCCUCUUCAGACGAUGACAUUGGAGAUCCACUUCCUCCUCCAAGUGAAAUUAGGCAACGAUUGCCGUUAACAGACUUAACUAAGGGUAUAGCGCCAUGUAUGUGCUCCCGUGGAGCAGUAGAUAAAAGAAGCCCUAUUGAGGGCCAUUCAGAUGGAACUGGCUUUGCUAGGGGCCACACUGGGCAUCUUCAUUCAUUAACAUGUUACAGCAGAAGCCUUCGUGAUAUGGUAGAAAGUAAGCAUGUGCCAGUGACACCACCACCAGCAGUUACAGAGAGAGGGGACUCCUUGUCGUCUUCACCAGGAAAGCAGUCUGUUUCUGAGAAUGGUUCCGAUGCGCCUUCCUCUUGUCCUCCUUCUCCUGGAGCCUCUGUCAGUUUGCCAAGGGAUGCAAGUGUUUUUUCUAACAAAAGUGCAGCUCAGGAGGAACAGGAGGAUUGCCCUCAACCCUUGAUGGUAGUUUCAAAUCCCCCUUGUCCUGACCCACAAGAUGCACUUAUUCCUUCCUCUGAGCCUCGGACACCUCAUAUUCCUUCUCCAGCUAAGUUUCUCAAAUUCUUGAAACUGCCAAGCUCAGGGGAUAAAUUACAGAAUCCAAACUCUCUGAGGCUUAGCCCUCAACUUACUCAAACCUCCAAAAUUCCUUGUAGGAGCAAUAAUUACGAGGCAUUUCCCUCACCACGCCUCAACAGGAAGGCAGCUGAAGAAUUACCUGGUCCAGAAACGGAUGAUGAUCCACCUUCUCCUUCUGAAUUUAUUAAUUCCAAUGCCAGUAGGCAAGGACAAAAUGAAAGGUCAAACAUUUUAUUAAAUAGACCUGGAAUACAGUGUUACACCAAAAAGUCUCAUGAUUAUGAAAACGUUCCUGCAAAAAAUUCAGUGCUUCCGACAGCAAGCCAAGCUGAGGAUUUGGAACUGUCUCCUAAGCUAGUUGAGGAAGCAUGCUCCUCUAAUUGUUCCCCGGGAUCUUGUGUACAUUCCCAAGUAAAUUCUUCUAAUGACCCCAACAGUCAGAUGAACACACCAUUCAUAAGAAAGCAUGUAACUUCCCGAAAACCUGCAGAGUCUGCUGGACCGCUCCCAUUUAAAGAAAGAAUUGUAAAGCUAAGGGGUUCUGACAACCAACAGACAGAGCCGGCUGUAACAGGGACAGAUGAAAACAGGGUUUUAACAGAUCUACGUCCAUCUAUGAAAAGAUCCUUAGGUGUGAGCAGUUUAAGGACUCCUGAGCCUGGAUCUACAGAGAGUUACCCACCAAGGUACCUUGGACAAAAAUCUGAUUCUGCUCGGACUCGACAGCCAGCUUCUAAUUGCUCACCAGGUUCACCUCAUGGUCCACGUAAUCCAUCCCGCGCACCACCUGUCCCAAGCAAGUCUCCACGUAGCCCUCAUGGAAGCCCAACAAAGCUACCUGCUAAGUCCCCAAGUAAGGCAACAGCAAAACCUUUUGUAUCUCGACCCCUAAGUGAAGAGUUAAGACCAAGCCCCAGGCAACCUACUCUUCCAAAUGAUGAGAAACAGAGGAUGCAUCCUACUGGUGCAGGCAAGAAAAGUAGUAACUGCCAGGAGUACGCAUGUCCUCGCAGUCCAGGCCCACAGGGCACAGAAAAUCUUCCACUAAGUGCUCUGCACUCUGCCAUUGAAGAAAAAGUAAUGAAAGGCAUUAAAGAAAACAUGUUAAGGUUGCAGGAACAGCAUCGUGCGCCUGCCCCUGACCCUAAGCAACGUAAUUCCAGUGGUAUUGCAAGCUGGUUUGGCUUAAAGAAAAGCAAACUACCUGCUCUAAGUCGUAGGCCUGAGACAGGUCGUGUCAAAGAGGAGAAGAGAGAGCGAGCUACUAGUGGCUCUCCUCGGACUCGAGAUGCAAAGGGUGAGAGUCUAAAUAUUUCCAUGUUAAUGGAAAAAGCUGAAGAUCUCCGAAAAGCUCUUCAAGAGGAGAGAGCCUACAUCAAUGGUCUCUCUCUUGACAAGAAUCGUACAGCUGUGUCUGUAGAUCAGACCCGGGACUCUUCAAGACCUCUGACUGCUGACAACUUUAUGCAACAGCUCUUGAAUCGGGUGGAUGGAAAGGAGGUUCCUGCAGAAGGACGUGUGGAAGGGAAGACACCACUUCGAGAUUUCCCUCGAUUAUCGCCAGAAAACAAAGAAGUGCGUCCAUUUCGUCCUCCACGAAAUGGGAUGGUGGCGCAUGUGCAACGGUGUGAGCAGAAGAGUAUGGAGCAGAACCGGGAGGUUGUCCUGCCUCCAGAUGAGCGGAUAUCAGAAUCUCUUACUUCACAGCACUUUGCAGCUUGUGAUUCACUCACUCGGACUCUGGACAGUGGUAUUGGGACAUUUCCUCCCCCGGAUUACUGUGGAGGGACUCCUAACAAAAAUACCCCAAAGUUAAAACCUAGGCUAGACUCUCCUUCUGUCCUUCCAGUGGGAAGGUUUUCUGCCUUCCCCAAGGUACCUCGAAGAGCUAGGACCUUGGAAAGGGACAUGCGAGGUGUGGAAGAGAUGUUCCCAAGCGGACAACACCAAAGUGUGCCAGCAUUCCAUGCUCUAUUGGCAGAACCAGAACCAGCCAUAAGUCAUAGGAUGUAUGGAGAAGAUUCCAAUAGAGAUCGUAGUCUGCCCCAACAAGGAAAGAACUGGACCUUUCCCAAUGCAAAGGUCAGCGCUUCCUCUACAGAGACCUUCAGGACUAGAACACAUGAGCUGGAAGAGAUCCCAUCUGAAGGUGACAGAGACUGUGAUAUGGCUGGUUACCCACAUUCCUCUCUAUGUUUUCCGGGCAGUGUGAGCAGUCGUACACCUAGCACUUCUGAAGUUGGAGAUGAGGGGACAAGUGAAGCCAAAUCUCGAGACAAUGAACAGGGUCAGACUGGGCUGGAGAACUCGGAAUCCCUCAGCGAUUCAUUGUAUGACAGCCUCUCAUCCUGUGGUAGUCAAGGCUGAUAGAACAUUCCUACAUCCCUUUAUACGUCAUGCUGCCUGACAUCUUUACAAGCUUUCCAAAAGUAGAUGGACAGUGUCGGCUGCUAUGUGGGUGCUAUUCCAUGUGGAGUCUUUGUCCUUUUCAUGACCUUGUCGAUUGCUCCUCUAGAAUGACCUUGUACUUCCCACAUGAGCCUCAAAAAUCCCAAGUAUUAGAAAUAUCCUAGAGUCUUGCUGCCUCUGACCUUACAGGUAAAGGUCAUGAAAUACCGCGGAACUGUUGCCUCAUUCUCUGCCUCAUUCUCUCCCAGGCUGUGGAGGGUUCUGAACUUGCUCUUCCUUUGAGUUGCUACCCCUCUUUGUAGAUUACCAUUGUUCUUGUGUUUUCUUUGUUUUUUUUUUUUUGCGUCUUCUAUGGGCUGCCCCUUUACUAUGCAUCUAUACCACCAGCGGAUAUGAUGUCAUUCACUGCAGGAAGACUGGUGAAGGGGACUUCACGGUUUACAAGAAUACCUCACAUCUUGUCUCUCUGAUCAAUAUCCCAGCAAUGUGUUAAUGCACUGAUCCAGAAGCAGAAUACCAACUCUACUAUCUUUUAUCAGGGAGUAAGUUUGGAAAAGUCCAUUUAUUUAAGCUGCACAUCUGGAAGUCUUUCAGAUUAUAAGGGAGAAUUGACUAGUUUGACUUGAUGUGUCCUUUCCAUCCGUGGCCCCUUGUGUUAUUUUAUUUUUCACUUUGUUUAUAGUUAUGCUGUUUUAUAUAAAUAUAUAUAUUUUUAUUUGUGUAAAAUGUUUCGUUUUUAUUUUAAAUAUUCCAAUGCGUGUUUUUUUUUUUUAAUUCUUUAUUUGCUCUCUCUCUUAAGAUGGUGCUAACCAGGAAAAUAUCCUUUUCGUCAGGUUUCUCCUCUUAUUCCCUUUUCCUCCUUUUUUUUUAUUGUUUUAUACCAGUCUCUCGUUUUUCUUUUAUUUAUAUAAGUUAUUGUGACUGUUUUUUCUGUCUCACUUACUUUUAAGCUAAAAAUAAAAAAAUC